CCGUUCAAUGUCUCCGGCGAAAACAGAGCAAUCUGAAAUCAUCUUAAGGCCAUAGAUUCGUUCAAUAGUUAUGGAUAUUUUUACGGAUUUCUUCAAUAAACCUUCUGUUGCAGAAACAUUCGUCGACAUUUUGCUAUGUGCAGUUCCGAUUUGGGUCGCUGUUAUGAUCGGGCUUUUGAUUGGUUGGUCUUGGCGUCCUAGAUGGACUGGCUUGGUUUAUUUAGGGUUCCGUUCAAAGCUUCGGUUUCUAUUGACUGCUCCUCCUGGAUUUGGUGCUCGUCGUAUUUGGCUUGCUUUCACCGCUCUCUCUGUUUUUUCCGUUUGUCGUACUCUUUGGUCAAGACUCGGUUCGAGUUCCAAGAAAUUGUCGGUUAGUGGUUCAGCUCCGUCUUCUAAACCGGUUGGAGAAGAAGAAGAAGAAUCAUUUUCACGAGCUAGUGAUAAAAUUACAGAGAAAGAGCAAGAUGUUGUUGUGACAGAGAAAGAUUUAGAGCAUUUGUUGUAUCUGCUUGAAGCUGGAAAUGCUAAUUUGGAGUGGCAAUCUAUGAUGGAUAAGUCUACUCCUAAUAUGAGUUAUCAAGCUUGGCGACAUGAGCCUGAUACUGGUCCUGUUGUUUAUCGUAGUCGAACUGUUUUUGAGGAUGCAACACCAGACAUUGUUAGGGAUUUCUUCUGGGACGAUGAGUUUCGACCUAAAUGGGAUCCUAUGCUUGCUUACUUUAAAACUUUGGAGGAAGAUCCUAAGACAGGAACUACCAUUGUUCACUGGAUUAAAAAGUUCCCAUUUUUCUGUAGUGACCGGGAAUACAUUAUUGGCAGGAGAAUAUGGGAGUCUGGAAAAAAGUAUUAUGCUGUGACAAAGGGAGUACCUUAUCAAGCUCUACCAAAGCGUGAUAAGCCGAGGCGAGUAGAGGUUUAUUUCUCAAGUUGGAUUAUUAAAGCAGUUGAAUCCAGAAAGGGGGAUGGGCAGUUAUCAGCUUGUGAAGUCUCCCUUGUCCACUAUGAAGACAUGGGAAUCCCAAAAGAUGUAGCAAAGUUAGGAGUCCGUCAUGGCAUGUGGGGAGCUGUAAAGAAGCUAAACUCUGGUUUGAGGGCAUACCAAAGCGCUAGAAAACCUGGGACGUCUCUUUCACGGAGUGCACAGAUUGCAAGUAUCACCACAAAACUGAACAUGGAUUUGGUGGAAACAUCUGGAGCAGAGGAAGAAGAGAGAGGACGUGCAGUGGAGACUGCAAGGAAACAGAAGGAUCAGUUCAGUGUAGAUUGGAAAUGGAUUGUUGUAGGAGGAGUGGCUUUGGCUUGUGGGCUUCAUUCUAGUGCUAUAGGCAAGGCGUUAAUGGUUGGAGCUGGGCAGAGACUUGCUCGUAGGUGAGAUCUGUUGCCUGAGAGAUUCAUAAUCUUAUCUGUUUCACUGGAGAAUUCUUAGACCAACACAGAAACACUAUAUUAUUGAUAUGGAUUGUGUUCGCAAACCAUGCAGAGUAGUUUUGAAGUAAGGGCUGAAAUUUGGUUGUAAUACGGUUUAAGACUCUGGAGCUUAUUGGACGGUUUUAGUAAAGAUACAAUCUAGCU